AUGCCUCAUUUUCUGGAGAUCGGGUAAGCAAGUCAGAGUUUGAGAAUCUUCUCAAUAGUGAGUAAAAUGUAAGCAGACUUUGUAAACGAUGACCAGAUGGUUGCUUUAUGGAAUCAAUUGUAUCAAUAGCAUGCAGAUUCAAUCAUGAUGGGAGUGGUGGAUUGUCGGUAAGCUGAAGAUUUAUGUGCUGAAUUGGGUAUAGAGCAGACUCCAUAAUUGUUAUUUGUCGAUAAGGAGGCAAAGGCUUUGAUCUAUUUUGAUAAGCAAUGGAAUUCAGACUCAAUUACUGAAUGGUUGGUUGGAGAUCAUGAGCAUUCUGAGGAGGAGUUUGAAAUAUACAUUUAAGUUGAUCAACCAAAAGUCAAUGAAGAUGUAUAAUGGGUUACUGAUGUCGAAGUGGAUGAGCAUAAUAAUAAUAAUUAAGAAUCACAUAAUCAUAUUCAUGAUGAUCAUCAUUCAGAGAAUAUUGAAAAAAUAAAAUAUGAAGAAUUGCAAUAAUUAAUCUUACUUAAUGAGUAACUUUCAUAUAGGGCUGAAAAGUUUAGAAGGGAUAUCGAUUUAGUAAAGCAUCAAGCCAAUAUGCUCAACACUUCAUAUAUGAUUGAAUUAAAUAGACAAGAAACCUCUAUUAAUUUCACAAUAUAUCUCUUUUCUUCAGGUAUGCUAGCAUUCGUUUGUGUUCUUAUCGCUUGGAAGAAAAACAACAUUCUUAAGAAGAAGUCGUCAAUUCUAGUGUAAUGA